AUGGAUUACAAUGCCCUCCGCGACGAGGCCGCACGCGACCGCGUGCGCCAGGCCCAAGAGUUCCUCGAUCCUCAUGACCAGCACCAGCGAAGCUACAGGCCAGACAUUGUGUUGAUGCUCCAGAAGAACCAGAGGAGACUCGUCGUCAACAUCGAUCAUGUCCGCGAUCACAGCUCUGAGAUGGCCGAGGGCCUUCUUACCGACCCCUUCAACUGGACCCUCGCCUUCAACCACGCGCUCAAGACCAUCGUCAGCACCGUCCCACAGGCCCGCCCCGAUCAAAUAGAUCCCGACCAUGGUUUCGAUCGAGGGCAUCGUAACGAGGACGUCCUUGAUCCGCCCAAGGUUGUCAAGAGCGUACACUACAGCGAAGCCAAGAAGACAUUCCACUACCGCGAGUACCGCGACCAGACCAUGACGAACGGCAUUGUCACCAACAGCGUCUACCCCCGUGAGGACGAAGAAGGCAACCCGCUCGAGACCGAAUACGGCUUCUCGACCUACCGCGAUCAUCAGACCAUUUCUAUCCAGGAAAUGCCGGAGAGGGCGCCUGCUGGUCAGCUGCCCCGAGGCGUCGACGUCAUUCUCGACGACGACCUGGUAGACCGCGUCAAGCCCGGCGACCGUAUCCAGCUCGUCGGUAUCUUCCGGACGUUGGGUAACAGAAACACAAACCACAGUAGCGCCCUGUUCAAGACGGUCAUUCUAGCCAACAACAUCGUUCUGCUUUCUUCCAAAUCAGGCGGUGGUGUGGCUACGGCUACCAUUACCGACACGGAUAUUCGCAACAUCAACAAGAUCGCUAAGAAGCCAAAGGUUUUUGAGCUGCUUUCACAAUCCCUGGCUCCCAGUAUUUACGGACAUGACUACAUUAAGAAGGCUAUCCUGCUCAUGCUGCUGGGCGGCAUGGAGAAGAAUUUGGAAAACGGUACACAUCUGAGAGGUGACAUUAACAUCCUGAUGGUUGGUGAUCCUUCCACAGCCAAGUCCCAGCUCCUUCGUUUCGUCCUCAACACUGCUCCAUUGGCGAUUGCCACGACUGGUCGUGGUUCUUCCGGUGUCGGUUUGACUGCCGCUGUCACGUCCGACAAAGAGACUGGCGAGCGUCGUCUGGAGGCCGGUGCCAUGGUUAUGGCUGAUCGAGGCGUCGUCUGUAUCGAUGAGUUCGACAAGAUGUCUGACAUUGAUCGUGUUGCCAUUCACGAAGUCAUGGAACAGCAAACUGUCACCAUUGCCAAAGCCGGUAUUCACACCUCGCUCAACGCCCGUUGCAGUGUCAUCGCCGCGGCCAACCCCAUCUUUGGACAGUACGACACACACAAGGACCCUCACAAGAACAUUGCCUUGCCAGAUUCCCUGCUUUCACGUUUUGAUCUUCUCUUCGUCGUCACCGACGACAUCGAGGACACCCGUGACAGACAGAUCUCCGAGCACGUCCUCCGCAUGCACCGUUACCGCCAGGCCGGCACCGAGGAGGGCGCUCCUGUUCGCGAGAAUGCCGGUCAGGCCCUCAACGUUGCCCUCAACGGGCAAUCAGAGUCCCAAAAGCCCACCGAAAUGUGGGAAAAGUACGACGCCAUGCUGCACGCCGGCAUCAAGGUGCCCAGCGGUCGCGGGUCCGCCAACAAGAAGCCCGAGAUCCUCAGCAUCCCCUUCAUGAAGAAGUACAUCCAAUACGCUAAGACGCGCAUCAAGCCCGUCCUUACCCAGGAGGCAUCCGACCGCAUCGCCGACAUCUACGUCGGUCUGCGCAACGACGACAUGGAGGGUAACCAGCGCAAGACCUCACCCAUGACGGUCCGUACCCUCGAGACGCUCAUCCGUCUGGCCACGGCCCACGCCAAGGCGCGACUGUCCAACCGCGUCGACGAGCGUGAUGCUGCCGCCGCCGAGUCCAUCCUCCGCUUCGCCCUCUUCAAGGAAGUCGUGCAGGACGAGUCGCGCAAGAAGCGCAGAAAGACUCGGCCCGCCGAGGGCGAAGAUGGCGGCAUGUCCUCGGACUCUGACGAUUCCGAUGAUGAUGACGGUGACGUUGCCACGCAAACCACCGCCACCGCCCGCUCCAGCGCCGCCAGAGCUUCCCGUGCUUCCCGUGCUUCUCAGCGCGCCGCUGCUAGUCGACGCACUCCCGCUGCCAAUGGCACCUCUGCUUCCUCCUCCGCCAACGCCAACGCCAACGGCACGCCCGAAGAGGAAGAUACCCAACCCGCGGAGGAAGAAGAAGAAGAAGAAGAAGAAGAAGAAGAUAUCUACGACGCCACCCCGCGCCGCUCAACAAGAUCUGGUGGAGGAGGAGGAGGCUCACAACCAUCCUUCGCCUCCUCCCUUCCCGCCUCCCAGUUGCGAUCCACACGCUCUCAACGCUCCUCUCGCCGCACUGGCACCGCCGCCGCUGAUGACGACGAGGAAGACGAAGAGUCGCAACUCACAUCCCGUGCCGCAGGCCUGAACGUUGCCGGCGAAGAUGAAGAAAUGGACGUGGACGGUGAGGAAGCACCCGAAGACCAAGAAGAGGAAGACGAAGACGAAGAAGAAGAACCAGCACCAAUAAGCGAACACCGUCUCGACGUCUUCCGUCGCGCGCUCGGUCCGUUGUUGAACUCGGGCCUUUUCGAAGACGACGCGGCGGAUGUGGAUGAGUUGAUCAAGGCUGUUAAUGAGAAGAUUCCUGGAGGCAGGAGAGGUGGUGAGCAAAAGUUUGAGAAGGAGGAGGCGCUGCAGGCGUUGAGGCAGAUGACGGAACAGAAUCAGUUGAUGUGA